CUGGAUUUCAAGUUGACAUGCUUAUCAUGAUCCUCUCGGUUCAGUGUGAAGCUUUUACAGUUCUCACCUGUAGUUACAUUUGCAAGUCCUGUCACACUUUAUAGCAGGUGAAAGCACUUUAUAGCUUUAUAGAUGUGCAUACGAGCAGCAAUGGCACUACAGUCCCUCUUCAAUUAUAGCACCGUCAAAUAUAUGGUCGCCAAAAAUAAGAAAGUUGGAGUUUUAUAUCGAAUAUUUCAGCUCACUGUCAUUGGAUAUCUAAUCGGGUGGGUGUUUGUGAUAAAGAAAGGAUAUCAGGCUAUAGAUGAAACGAUUGAUAGCUCUGUAGUUACAAAAGUUAAAGGUGUUGCACUCACAAACACAACAGGUACAGGUGUACACCUGUGGGGACCAGAGGACUAUGUUAUACCACAACAGGGUGAGCGUGUCCUUUUCAUAACAACCAAUUUUAUAGAGACCCCAAACCAAAAAUUAGGCACCUGUUCUGAGAGCUCCAAAGUAUUGGAUGCUAUUUGCACUAAGAAUGAAGACUGCACAGAGGGAGAGGCUUUUCAGAUCGGCAAUGGGAUACAGACUGGCGUAUGUUUGAAAAACAGCAGAAAUCCUACUGGCACUUGUGAAAUAUAUGGCUGGUGUCCCAUUGAAAACAGCCAACGGCCUGAGGUUCCAUUGCUGACUAAAGCUGAAAAUUUCACCUUGUACAUAAAGAACUUCAUCAGAUUUUCCAAGUUUAACUUCUCAAAGUCAAAUGUUUUAGAGACACAUAAUGAAACCUACCUAAAGACCUGCUUGUAUGACAAGAUUCAUCAUCCAUACUGUCCUAUAUUUCGGUUGGGUGAUGUUGUACAAAAAGCUGGACACAAUUUUCAGGAUAUGGCUGUGCUGGGUGGUUCAAUUGGGAUUCUUAUUGAAUGGCGCUGUGAUCUUGAUAAAGGAUAUUCAAAGUGUCAUCCACAAUACAGCUUUACAAGUAUGGAAACCUGCACAACAACCAGCUCGGUCGCGGCCGGAUAUAACUUCAGAUAUGCUCGCUAUUUUAAAAAUGCUGAUGGAGAGGUCCACAGGACUUUAUAUAAAGUGUAUGGAAUUCAUAUCGACAUCAUUGUUUAUGGAACGGCAGGAAUGUUCAAUAUCAUUCCCACUGUUAUCAACAUAGGCUCAGGUCUUGCUUUAAUGGGUGCUGGCAUGACCAUCUGCGACAUUAUACUACUGUACGUAUUAAAACAGAGCACACUGUACAGGGAGAAGAAAUUUGAGACAGUAAGCAGGAAAGACAUCAGAUUAGAGAAACAGAAACAGGAAAAGCCAUCACAGCAGGACAUGCUUAUGUCUCCAAUAACAACUGAUUAGUAGUGACGAAAUAGAGAAACGCCACAAACACAACACUGAUGUAAUUCUUUCUUUUUUUAUUAGUAGUAUUCCAGUAAGUGCUAUAAGACUUUAUAAUAAGCAUUUUCUUUUCGUUUACAAAUUGUGAAACAAUAAAUGAGAGAAUCUGUACUCCUA